UCAUUGAUAAGUUUGACUACGUCUUCGCAGAGAACGGCACAGUGCAAUACAAGAAUGGGCAGCUGGUCUCCAAGCAGGCCAUUCAGGACCACUUGGGGGAAGAGCUGCUGCAGGAUCUCAUCAACUUCUGUCUCAACUACAUGGCGCUGCUGAAGCUGCCCAAGAAACGAGGAACCUUCAUUGAGUUUCGCAACGGGAUGCUGAACAUCUCCCCCAUCGGACGGAGCUGCACCCCAGAGGAGCGAAUCGAGUUCUCCGAGCUGGACAAGAAAGAGCGGAUCCGGGAGAAGUUUGUGGCAGCCUUGCAGAGGGAAUUUGCUGGCAAAGGCCUGCGUUUCUCUCGAGGUGGCAUGAUCAGCUUUGACGUCUUCCCGGAGGGCUGGGACAAGCGCUACUGCCUCAACGUGCUCGACGACGAGAGAUUCGACACCAUCCACUUCUUUGGGAACGAGACGACCCCUGGAGGGAACGAUUAUGAAAUCUAUGACGAUCCCCGCACGGUGGGACACAGCGUCCAGUCCCCCCAGGAUACAGUCCAGCGAUGCCGUGAAAUCUUCUUUCCAGAGAGAGCAAACGAGUGCUGACUGCCAGGUCCCUGCAGCCCUGCCCCAGCCCCACCCUCUCCCCCUGCCAGGAAAAGCACCUUCUUUUGAGGAAUCUGCUCAGGGUAGACUGAAAAAAAAACACUUUGCAGAGCUGGUUGGGAUGCAA